GGCAGGGAGGAGGGAGCAGGGGCCCGGAGGAGACACAUGCGCGUUGCCACCGCCGCCGCGGAGCUCGGCUUCCCGAGGACAGGAAACCUCGGAGCCCAGCCACCGCUGCCGCCCGCCCGGCAGCCCCUUCGUGCGCUCGCCACACCCUCCUCCCGCGCCUCCCGCAUCCCGCGGCGGAACCCCGCAGGGCCUCAGCUGGAGCUGCCGAUUCCAUCCUCGCGGACUGCAACCGUGAGCCCCCCUGGGGCGGGGUGGGGGGGCCCCGGGAGAAGAUGGCGACGCCGGGAAACGAACCCCAGCCUUUCGUCCCUGCCCUCUCGGGGGCUGCUCUGCACCCCCAUCACCCCCAUUACCACCACCACCACCACCAGCAGCAGCAGCAGCACCACGGAGGAGCUGGAGCCGGCGGGGGCUCCGGGGGAGGCGGCGGCGGCGGGAGCUUCAACCUGCCCUUGAACCGGGGGCUGGAGCGCGCCCUGGAGGAGGCGGCCAACUCCGGGGGGCUGAACCUCAGCGCCAGGAAACUGAAGGAAUUCCCCAGAACCGCAGCCCCCGGCCACGACCUCUCGGACACUGUGCAGGCAGACUUAUCUAAAAACAGACUGGUUGAAGUUCCCAUGGAAUUAUGCCAAUUUGUAUCACUGGAAAUUCUCAAUUUGUAUCACAAUUGUAUCAGAGUCAUUCCUGAAGCCAUCAUAAAUCUGCAGAUGCUGACCUACUUAAACUUGAGUCGAAAUCAGCUGUCUGCCCUGCCUGCCUGCCUGUGUGGUCUGCCUCUCAAAGUCUUAAUUGCAAGUAACAACAAGCUCGGAUCACUGCCAGAAGAGAUAGGUCAGCUCAAACAGUUAAUGGAGUUGGAUGUCAGCUGUAACGAGAUCACAGCCUUGCCCCAGCAGAUAGGUCAGUUGAAAUCGCUGCGAGAAUUGAAUGUGAGAAGAAAUUACCUCAGGGUUUUACCACAAGAACUAGUAGAUCUUCCCUUGGUGAAAUUUGACUUUUCCUGCAAUAAAGUGCUCGUGAUUCCCAUUUGCUUUAGAGAGAUGAAGCAAUUGCAAGUGUUACUGCUUGAGAAUAACCCUUUGCAGUCUCCGCCAGCCCAGAUUUGUACAAAGGGCAAAGUGCACAUCUUCAAGUAUCUGAGCAUACAAGCCUGCCAGAUUAAGACAGCCGACUCACUUUAUCUUCAUGCAAUGGAGAAGCCACAUUUACACCAGCAUGUGGAAGACAGCAAGAAGGAUUCUGAUUCAGGUGUGGGAAGUGACAAUGGUGAUAAGCGAUUAUCUGCCACAGAGCCUUCUGAUGAAGACACAGUUAGCCUCAAUGUGCCAAUGUCAAAUAUCAUGGAAGAAGAACAGAUCAUCAAGGAAGAUUCUUGCCAUCGCCUUAGCCCACCAAAAGGAGAAUUUCAUCAGCAGUUUGAACCAGAGCCUUCCCUUGUGAGUGACAUUGCCAACUCAAGAGAAGAAAAAGACCAAUUUACCCAUGGAACAGAAGUUCUUCAUCCAAAAUUUAUAAACUAUAUUAAGGACAGAACGGAGGACUGUGAGGAACUGUUGCGGAUAGAAGAGGAUGCACACUGGCAAAGCGAAGGAAUAGUGAGUUCAUCCCAGGACCAGGAUGUGAAUAUAGCAAUGAUUGAACAGCUCAGAGAAGCAGUGGAUUUUCUCCAAGAUCCCAAUAGAUUAGGCACAGAUAUUACAGAAAGAAGUGUAAGCUUUUAUGAUAUGGAAUCAGAAGAAGCUUUAGAAUUACAAGAUCCUGCAAUAAAUGGUCAAAUUCAGUUGGAGACCUCUCCAGCGUGUGAGGUACAAAAUGAUCUAACAUUACAGAGUAACGGGAACCAGUAUUCUCCAAAUGAGAUUGGUGAGAACUCGCCUACAGUCUCUCCUACCACAAACAACGCCACUCCAUUUGGCCUGAAGCCUCGAUCAGCAGACCCAGCCCUCACUCUUCCUCCUAUCUCCUUCAACAAACUCACACAGGCACAAACAUGGGACAGCUCUAGCUACAGUGUUCCAUCAGAAGGAGACAGUGACAAUGUAUUUAUAAGACCUCAGAGAAAUUUGGAAUCUGUAGACCCACAGUUUACAAUUCGGAGGAAAAUGGAACAGAUGAGAGAAGAAAAAGAAUUGGUGGAACAACUCCGUGAGAGCAUUGAGAUGAGACUUAAGGUCAGCUUGCAUGAAGACCUGGGGGCUGCACUCAUGGAUGGUGUUGUCCUCUGCCACCUGAUCAAUCACAUCCGUCCACGAUCUGUCGCCAGCAUCCAUGUCCCCUCACCAGCAGUUCCCAAACUCAGCAUGGCGAAAUGCAGAAGAAAUGUGGAAAACUUUCUGGAAGCAUGCCGAAAAUUAGGAGUGCCAGAGGAAAAACUAUGUCUACCCCAUCACAUCCUUGAAGAGAAAGGCCUGGUCAAAGUGGGCAUUACGGUGCAAGCGUUACUAGAUGUAUCUGUAACCAAGAUUCUGUUCACAUGAAACCAACUCUUGUCCUUUUGGUCAGCUCCAUCUCUGCACCCAUCAGAGAUCCUGAACUCUGCUCUCAGCACCUUUUCACCCCACCCUCCCAUUCACUGCUGUCACUUCCCAGACUCUAAUUGCUUCGAAGGGAGGAUAUGAGGGAAGAUCAUCUACUUUUCAGAACUGACCUCCAAUCUUAAGACAUGACAGAUAUUUAUCUUGAAGCCAGUGAAGGGGCUGAUGAUGAAAAACUGAGCAACACAUCAAUGCCUUUUAACAGCCUCCUUCAUCCCUUCCACACUCACCCACUGCCAUUACCAAAAACACCAAUCGCAGCCAUUUUUUGCUACAAGAUGCAUUUGUUUUAUUAAAAAAAAAAUCAAACCUAAUGUGUAUUCUGUGGGUUGGGGCCGGGGUGGGGGAGACUCAAUCAGGUUUUUCACCACCAAAUUUUUCAAGAAGUUUCUUGAAGCCACUGCCUUUAAAAAAAAAAAACUAUUUUCAAUUUACAAAAAUAUUUAUAUGAAUAUUAUUUAUUAGUGAGUCAUUAUUCAUCCUUUGGAUGCAAAUUGUAAAUUAGGAAACUAUUUUAUUACUGCUUUUUUGUGGUUAAACGCUUUAUUUUAAUAUUAUAAAUAUUAUUUUCUAUCCUCUUUGGUGUGCUGAAGCUAGUUUUAGGUCUUAGUAAUCAUGUUUUCUGUCAUACAUAACUGAAAAAAAAAAAACAACUAAAAAACAGGUGCUUCUGUGACAAAAACUGUUUUCUGGGGAGGUAUUAUUUACACUUUGUUUUAUGGAACAUUGGUCUUAUAUUUAUAUUUCUGCAUUCCACACAGUUUCCUACAUUCCAGCAGUCCUGUUGUCCCAUAAUAUACUGAACUGACUGACAUUAAGAGAGCACCCCAAAAUUAUUUGUAAAUAGGUGUUGUGGAAAAAAAAAGAUAUAUUAAACUUGAAGAGACAAAUGUGAACAAUUAUUUUUUUUGGAUUCAUACGUAUUUUGCUAUGCAGAAAAUAUUCACAUUUUAACACAGAGAAGUAAAAAAGUGUUAGCAACUUGUGUCUUGAAGUACCAUUUUGCACUGUAACUUGGGUAAGUAAAGUCUAGCACCAAAGGUAGUUAGAUAAUAAGGAAAGAGUUUAGGAAAGUAGAGAUGGUAAGAAGCCUAUUGUUGAACUAAGAUUUUCUUUAAGGGUAGCUUCAGCUUAGUCAUGGAGAGUCAUUUAGGCACAUAGGACCUGGGUCAGGAAACCAACACUUCCUGUAACUGCCAAUUUAAAAAGACAUUUCUGAGAUGGACACAUGCUUAUUUUAUUGUGACUUAGCUGGUGGUUUUCAGAGAAGUACAUGCAAUACCGCAAGAUACAUGAUCUCAGGUGUGUAACUGCAAAAGCAAGCCGGUAAAUGGGAGGCAGCAGCCUACCAUAUCAAGGCAGGUUAAGGGGAAGGCUAUGUAAGUGGGGUUUGUGAGCUGAGUUUGUGAGAUAAAGUGAUGAAGAACAGUGGCAUCACAGGAAGGGUCUGGGAGAUUGAUACAUGACUUCUCAGAACACAACCACCUCUUCCAGCUGUGAUUACCAACAUCCCAAAGUCUUGUGAAUGCUGACUGCCUCUUCACCUCUGUGAAAAGCCAUAGAGCAGCAGCAGCCACCACAAUUAGUAAAACAAGCACAAUGGGGAAGACACAGAUUUAACACCAGCUAAAGCCAUGUCUGCCCUGUGCUCUGAGCAAGGUGGAGGAAUGACUAAAAAUGGUCAUUUGGAUUGGUAGCUAGCAGUUAUUUCCUAUCAGACGUACUGUGCACUUUAACCUAACUUAAAACAUAUUUUAAUAUUUUCCUGUCCUGCACAAAUACCUGUGUUGUCAAGUAGCAUAGAGAUGUAAGCGAGAGAGAUAUGUUUGAACAAGAGUGUAUUCAGUGUAAGAAACCCUCAGAGGUUGGUUAUAAAAAAUAGGAAUUUAGAUUGCUGCACCUGGAUGGGCAUUCAGAAUGUAGGGUCCUGAAAUACAUUUUUAACUGUAUAUAUGGCAAGAUGAAGUGCUAUAGUCAUUGAGAGAUUUUUUUUUUCAAAAUUAAGAUAUUAACCUUUGGUAUUUUCAUGAUGUUGGCUGUAUAAUACAAAUGGCUUUGAUAUUCUGUAAAAAAUGGCUUUAUUUUCCUUUAAAAAUCAGUCCUUGUAUGGCUAAGACAUCUUCAAGAUCCUUGUACACUGUAUAUAUAUGUGCAAUAAAAUGUGCAUGACCAGCUGACAGUAUAAGUGGAUGGAAUGUACAUAGUGCAAAUGCCCUGCCUUUUAUUAUUUAAUAAUCAUUAAAACUUUUAAUUUUUACAAA